AUGGCAUCAACGUCCGCGUCAGAUCCCGAACUCAAGGCCUCGACGUCCAUUUCCCUCCCUACAUCAACAACAACAACAGCACCAACAAUAACGCUAACGCUGAAAAAGGAGCGCCUCCGCCUCUCAUCGUCCAUUUCUCAAUACAAAAACAACCUCCUCGCCGGCGUCGGCUACCUCGAGCUCGCCAACGCAGGUGACUUUGCCGCUAACGUCUGGAAUGAGGUCCCCGUGCCCACUCACGCAAAGAUCUGUAUGGGAAUAUUCGGGCCCAUCGCGCUGCUGAUGACCGUCUUCGCCGCGUGGGAUUUCGCUCGCAGCUAUGCCAAUGUCCUUCGGCUACUAUCUGAGCGCAGGGCCCUGAGUUCCUCUCAGCAUGUCCCCACCGCCCGCUCGGAGAAAAGGGAAAAGGAGAGGGAGGGCAUCCUAGGGGUAAAUACGCGGGAACUCCUAACCGAGCUCAUGGAUCGGAUCUUCAUGGACAUAUUACUGGGCGCUGGCGCCCUACUCGUCGGCACGGGCACGAUCAUGGCCAUCUUCGGCGAUGACCGGAAGGUCUUUGAAGCCUCGAAUUUGCUGAGCGGGUUUGUGGGGAAUGCGCCGGCGGCCGUCUAUGGGGUGGCGAAUGCGGUGUCGUCUGUGUAUCUGGUGUGGAGGUUAGAGCAAAGGGUGCGCGCGGUUGCUGGUGCGGCUGGGCAUGCUCUGCUGGGUGCGAGAGAACGGAGGAGAAUGACGGCCCGAUACAGGAUGUUGCAGUGUCAUGGGGCCCUGAACGGGUUGAACGGGCUGGUGGCUGGGAUGGCGAGCAUGGUUACGGCGAAGAUGUGGUGGGGGUAUGUGGUUUUGGUACCGUGUGUUGGGGUGGUGAUUGCUUCGAAUUGGUUCUGGAGGGUUCGGUUGGGGUAUGAUCGGCUGCUAUGCACCCAGGAUGGGGCUGAGAAGGAGGAUGGGGAGGGAAGGGAGGUAGCGAGUGAGUUGGCAAAGACUAUAGAUUUGCAGGGGAAAUUGCCGGAGCUGAUGGACGGCGGCACUCUGGAAUCGCUGAUGGAUUUCAUUGUGCAGAACGACAUGUUUGACGUCUUUUGCGAGUGGCUGCUCGGACGAUGGAAGGAUCAUCGCCUGUUCAACGUUGAUGUGUCUACUCCUGGUAUUCAGAUCUCGCCCAAGGAUCUCAUGGCAUCACUGGCACGGGAGCAAACCCGACUGCUGGACGAGUGCCGGCACUUUCUACAAGGCGACGGCAUGAGGAUUCUCGAGUACCGCGAGCGAUAUCUGCUGGAGCUGCUGGGAGAGAUCAUCUGGACCGAUCAUUCCCAUAGACGAAACUGGCUGGCCAGUCCAUAG